AUGCACUGGUUGGACUGGGAGUGUGCUGCAGGGAUACAGAGGGUCAUGAGAAAUGUCAAGAAGGCCAGGAUGGGUCCAAGGAAACAGGAAACCAAAACCAGGGACAGGGGUCAAAGCCAAAGGCUGAGACCAAGGGUGGCUCAGGCCAGGGGUGGCAAAAGCCAGAGACUGAGACUGGGAGUGGCUGAAGCCAGUUGUGCUAAAACUGAAGACCAGUCAAGGGGACAGAAGGCCAGGAAGGCUGGGAACUGGUAUGAGGGUCAGAGAGGACCAGAAGGGCCAGCUGGAGACUGGUCUAAUGGUCAGGGAGGGCUUAGAAAAGCCAGUUGGGAGCCAGUGAGGUCUGGAAGGGCUAGACAGGUGAUGGGAGACUGGUUUGGAUUUGGACAGGGAUGCAAGGCUGGAAAUGCCAAAGGAAGACUGGUAUGGACUUGGGCCAGGCCAGAGUGA